CUUUUUGUCCUUAAGACCGGAAGUCUCUUAGUUUGUUGUAUUAAUCUUUAUCUUUUACAAGAUAAUAUACCUUAAAAUGUGUGUAAGUAGGCAGUAAUCCUGGAAUUAUAAUCUCUCAUAGGUUUAAAGAAACAUAUUAAUUUUUUUUAUGACCUCUUGGUUAGCCGACUUAUCAGGGUAUUGCUGUUUGAUAUCACAGAUCAAAAUUAUAUCACAUUGAUGAAAAUUAUGCAGUUUGAAAAUAUUCAUCCUAAUUUACUCAAAUGCAAGCAUCUCAUUCAUGUUUGAGUAUUUUCUUCUUUUUUCCAUUCUGUCAGUUAUCUGCAUAAUACAAAUUUAUUCAUGGUUCAGGAGGGAGAAUUUGAUUUGGAUUUGACUUACAUCACUGAUAAUAUAAUUGCAAUGGGUUUUCCUCCUGGUGAUAUGAGUUCUGGCUUCUUUAACUUUGUUGAGGCGAAGAAAAUUGUGCUUCUGUAUGGAGUUUCUCUUACUUUUCAGCAGCGGAUUAUGAUGCAAGCACCAACUCUGGAGUUUCUCAUGAAGCAAAGGAGCACAACUGGUCUCGAUGACCUGGAACUGUCUGAAGUUGACAUUCAGAAUUUUGCUCUUGCAGUGUACAAUUGCUAGGAACAACCAGAUAGCUGGAUGAAUGGUAAUGAAGCCACGGCUUAACUGUUGAUGCGAUGCGUGUAAAAAUGAUCACAUCUGUGGCUGAUAUACAUCACACUACAGGAACAGCUUAGAUACUAUAUAUUGUGACACCAUUUGAUUUGCUGACUUGGUUUAUCCUUCAACACACAACACUCACAAGGAAAUCCCAGUUCAAUGCCAUUUCAGUAUCUGUACUCAAAUUGUAGUAGUUGUCAUAAUUGUUUCGGUCACGACAAUCAAGAUAUAGCAUUUUUGCUUAUAUCAGCCACAUCUGUGCUUUAAGUUAGAGGUUUUUAUACUUUUUGUUUAUUAAACUAAGA